CGUUCUUUUUGCGGUCACAGACAGCGUAGACGUGCUAGGGGUGGGUCUUUCUUGGCAAAGGAAAACCCACCUUUUUCAUUGUUUGGAUGUCGAAGGAAUGUGAUGGUUUGAUCUUGCGGCGCAAGGGAGGGGGUGAGAGAAGGAACUAGCGCGGACCCUACUGAGAGAACUGCUCGGUUCAGUCCUCAAAAAGUCAAAAUCGACUGAGUAGUUUUCCGAGUGCUACCUCACGGACGCUGACUCGGCCUGAAGACUGGUGGGAAUUGUCAACGCUCUCCCAAGUGCUCAAGGUGAUCAAAACUAACACCGAUUACCUGUGACAGUGGAGACAAAAGUGAGAACUUCCUCUUGAGGAGUAGAAGGGUAGACAUAGGGAGCUGAACUUCAAGUCGGUUCUUUAUUAUUUCUCCUUGGAAUCCCAGACCAUCUUGAAAACACCACCAUACAAAUGUGUACCUCUCCAUCAAACAACCAUAAAACCCACACAGUAGAUUAGUAUCAGAUAGAAAAAUGACAGAAACAUCAAAUCGCCACCUGAGACAUAAAUUGCAGAGCUUGGGACGACGUCUAGAUGAGCUUGAGGAGGCCAAAAGCAAAUUGCAAAAAGCUGAAGAUGAACUUCUUGAAAUUCAGGACAAAAUCAUUCAGGCUGAGGGGAGUAAUUCCUCACUCCUGUCUGAUGUGGAGGCAAUGCGGAAGAGAUUGCUCAGAAUUGAAGGCAAAGAUGAGGAAGUACGGAAGGCAGAAGAUCUUUGUCGUGAGGUUAGGGAAAAACUAGAUCUGGAGGAGAAACUUUCCAAGGAACUUAAGGUGGAGAUCGAGCGACUUCAGCGCAGAAUGUCAGAAGUUGAAAAGCUUGAAGAGGCUUUUGGCAAAAGCAAGUCAGAUUGUACUCAAUUGUGCCUUAGUCUUAAUGAGGAGAAAAACUUGACCAAAAAGCUCUCAUCGGAGCUUGAAACCUUGAAGACCCGUGUAAAGGAGAUAGAUACCUCUGAAGCUCGACUGGAUAGGGCAGAAAAAUCUCUUACUGCAGAAAUGGAGAAACUCAAGAGCCUCACCCAGACAUUUGUCACUGAACGCAAAAAGCUGCUGGAAAGGCAGAGAGAGGAUGAGAAAAUCAUACUUAAGCUGACGGAGAAACUUGAACGUCAGAAAAACAAACUAGGCACAGCAGACCACAGUCAGUUUGAUUCUAGAGACCUUCGAAUUGAAGAUGAGUUUUCAACAGGACUUACCAGCAAACUGGCGAGGAAGAAAAGUUUGGACUACUUGAAGCAUACAGACGAUAUAGAUUUGAGAAAUGAGUCAGAGAAUGAGAAAAAUAGCUUAGAGGGACAGGAAGAUAAUAAAGUUAAGGAUCUCAGCCAAGAAGUGGAAAGGCUAAAGAAUCGUUUGAAACAGCUAGAAUUAGUGGAGGAGGACAUGAAGAACAUGGAAUCCAAGAAUACUGAGCUUACAGAAAAGUACCAGCAGGAACGGAGCCGUAGUCAAACUUUGAAUGACCAGGUUGAGCAGAUGAAAUUGCAGCUAGCUGGUUGCAGCAAUCAUAAUGGAAACCCUCCAGCAGUUACCAGCUCUACAAAAGUCGUGGAGAAUGGUAAAGCUGAAAAUGAGGAAAUUAACGUACGAGGAGGCUUCAGGCAGGAAAAACCUAAAUUGUUAAACAGGAGUCCUGCUACUGAACCAGUCACCUCAAAGUACAAAAGCAGAGAUGGGUCUCCUCAGCAGAGUAAAGAGAACAAGCUGAAAAAUAAAGACCUUUCUCACUCCACAGAGAGCUCCCCAAAGACUGUACGAAGGGCACUUAGUCCAGCACACAAUGUCAGGAAAGUUUUGAGAACUGGCAGUUCUGAUUCUAACAAUGGGACAAAAGAAAAGCUUGCAAGUGCUACACAGUCAUCAAGCCACCUCACUGAAAGCAAGAAAGUGUCAGUCCUUAGUCGCUAUCCUCCUGCUGCCAAUGACAAGAAGUCUUGGAAGUCAACAGUCAAGCAAAAUGACAGUGAUAGCCAAAAGAGUCAAACUGAAAAGGUUUCCAGAUACCCCGGAAGUGAUAGUGAAUCUAGUAGUUCUGAUGUGGCCAAUUUAAUUUCAGCCAGGGCUUCUAGCAUUGCCUCGCCUGACAAAGGAUUAAGCGAUCAAGAGAGUUUAGCGAACUCACAGGAUUCUUCUGGAAUGUUGAGUCUGUCAAAGGCAAAUGGAUCAUUUACUGCCUACAGAUCCCAUGUGUCUUCAUCUGCUCUUAGUGAUCAAGGUUCAGAUGGUCACUCGUCAGCCUCAGAAACUGAAUCAACUGGCUCUAGGCGAUCAGUGGGUGAGCAAAGUGACACUUUAAUGUCAAGUACAAGUGUAAGGACAUCAUCAGUUUACCCAAGAUACUCACGUCUGCAAGAGAGCACCUCAAAAGGCACCCACAGUGAGGACCAACCCAAGCCUCAUUUGACAGAAGGGGAAACUCAGGAGACUGUACAAGCCACUUCAGGUAUUGAGGUUCGAAGAGUUUGCAGUCCUCGUGAAGCUCUCAGAUCAAAAGCUAUCAUCCAGCAAGCAAUCUAUGAAAGUGACAGAAAGGAAAUGAUGUCAGGGGGAGUCACAGAGCCUUUGACCACCAGUGGGAAACCCAAGAUUUCCGCAAAACCAGCGUUGUCCAACAAGAUGACCAGCAGCAUCACCUUUUAUCCCAAUGACCCCAGCUCCUCUCGAACAAGCAGUCGGAGCAGCAGUUUAUCAAGUGAGCCCUCUAAAGAAAGGCACACUUCCACCAGUAAUAUUGUUAUAAGCCCGAGCAUUGAACACAGAGGCAGCUUUUCUAUACCUUAUGAGAUAUCCAUACCUAAGAGUGAGAUCACUCUGCGUCAAAGUGAUAUUGAUGCUGACUUCUCUGAACCUCUUAGUUUCAUGGAGACCGCUCCUGUGGAGGCAACACUCUUUUCUCAAAGCAGCUACAGCCUUCAGUCUUCAGAACCUGCUGACUUUAACAAUGAUGAGUCUAGGUUUGAAAGCACCAUUGCUACGACCAGUUGGAAAAGUCAGAGUCACAACCACCACUCAUAUGAUGACAGUUUGUCAGAAAUGAGAAAUGUCACAGUGAGGAGCACUUGGAGAGGCCGUGGGACAGCUUCUCUUGAUGAAUAUGGCCGAGCACUAAGGCAAGAUGGCUCAGAGGAUGAGUCUGAGUCUGCCACCACAUGGAAAGCGUAUAGGGCAACUACAGUGUUAGACACUUCAUCAAACUCCAAUGUUCAACCGAACUGUGGAGGUAAACCAUCCCCUGCCGAGGUAUAUAUGCGUAGGAUUGGAAAUACUUCAGUUCCUGAGCCAGGACCAAGGACCAGAAAGACUCCAUCGCCGGAAAGGGCCAUUGCACAUGAGCCUGUCAGUGCUCAGCAACUUCAGCCAAGAAACCGUAAAGCCAUGUCUGUAGAUGAUAGAGAAUCUUCUCUGCUUUGGAGGCGACAGACCCCUGGUGACGUGGACCCAUAUGAGAGAUCUGGGGGUCGUGAAACAUGGUCCAGCAGAGGCCGUUCCAUCGAUGGAAGUCGCUUGUGGUCGAACCGCAAUCAAGACAACUGACCCGGAUUACCCACAGUUCCAGAGAUCUUCCAUCUCAAAAUGGGUCUCUGAGCAGAAGGAACAAAGGUCAGCCCAUCUCUUCCUAUAGUUACGUCGCGUCUAAAAGACUCACCAGCUUCAAUGAUUUCUAGUUGACCUAAAGGACCCCGGGAACCUCAGAUUACUCUUACACCAGCCACAUCUGUACGAAUCCACUGUCAUCCAGCUGUCACAUGUUCCUACAGCAACGAAUCCUCUUCUGCUUCCCAUAGUGUAUUAAGUUGUCGGAUGUCGUGACAAGGGAGAGGUGGAUGGACAUGUGAUGAUAGGAGGAUUGGGCCACACAGACACCUCUGGUGCCACUGAUCUUAGUAGAUGUCCAAACUUGAUUUUUUUGUUUUGUUUUAUUCUAACAAGGAGCAAGUUACAGCUCGUGGCUUUUCAUUUCCAUUUGACAAUCUCACACGUUUUGUUCAUUCUUAAUUUUCGCUGCAUAAUGCUUAAUUCAGGAAUUAAUUGGGAUUAUAUAUCAUUUUGCAUGUUGAGUCAAACCAUAAAUUUAGUCUAUAUUCAUAUAUGAAUGCCCAGUCCAUCCUGAAAACAUCUGGUGUUUUAUUAUCACACAGCCAAAUUUAUUUUAUCCAAUUUGUAAUUUGCUCCUUGUAUCUGAUCAAGUCACCUUUGUUAGUUCUGGUAUUAUUAGUGCUUUUCUUUAUUUUCUCUCUAACUGGAUUUGGUGGAUUUGAUGGUCCCCAUAACCAGCAUUGUAAAUGAACAGGACCACCACAUGGCUUAAGGAAUUCUAGGAAGCUGGAAACACAUCUGUAUGUCCCUUCCCUGCUCCAGUAGCUCCGACUUUGGAUUCCAAACCGCUGGAGAAGAAUCAAAAACUUGUGUCGUAGGUCCACGGUGUGACCUCGUGCAGAACAUCUGGAACAUCUAAGCAGGAUUAACCCAAAUGCUGGACAUUUCUGGAGGAUUUUAAGAACGGGAUUCCCCAGAAAAAAUUUGCACAGAAAGACAUGGAUACAAACUCUCAUGUGCUGAGCACUCAGUUACAGGAAACCAGUGUUUGGGAUUUUGAUAGUCCGUGUCAGCCCCCAGACGGGUCGUGUUUUUGUAUGUUAUUUCAGCUGUAUAGCUUGUCCAGCCUUAGGGGUGGGUAGCAUGACACCACAGAAGAUCCAGCAUGCCAUGGAUAAAUGGCCAAAACAUUGGAAAAAUCGGAAUGCUCGUCAUGCACCUUUUGAAAAAUUAUUGAAUAUUGAUAUGCUGAGGUACUGUACCUUGUAGUUUUUAAAGCCCAGUACAGUUUGGGAAGCUGUCGGGAUGCAGCAUCGGGAGUCCUCAAGAGUCCGUCUGUAUCUCUCAUCUACUGCUGUGGCAUGUUUAAACCCCGUGGUGAUACCGAAGGGUCCAUAAUCCCUCAGGCCGCUCCAAUUUCACUGGAAUGUGGGAUAUUUUAUGUUUUGUCUUGUUUUAAUCUGAUGCUGUACAUGUAAUGGGUUGAUGUUCGUGUGGACAGGGUCGGUCUUUUAUGUUUUCUCUCUUUGCAGCAUUCGGUUAUGGCUUUAAACAAAUCCGCACCCCACAAUCAUGGUCAGUUCUGUUUCGUUCUGGGUCUGUGUGAUGUACAGUCCGUCCGGGUUCGGCCAGACGGAUGGAAACAAAAAUGGAUGUUGUUGUGUAUUAUUCAUUUUAUUUAAGUCAUUCUAAUGAAUUUGUAACUGCACUUAAAUCAUUAAAACAGUCUUAUAAGUAAAACAAAACAAGGUCCUUGUGAAAACGGGUCAUUUCUGAUUUAAAAAUACAUCACUGUAUAUACAAGAAACCCCAAGUUUAUGAAAGCGUCUGAGACAGACAAAACAUUUCCAUUUUCUCUUUGGCUUUACCAAGUCAUAUUUCUUUUAUUUAGUUGUUCAAUAACUCUUUGGGAAGCACUUUGGCUUUGUACUUUACAGACUCGUCCUCUUCUUUGUUUUACACAUCAUCAGACUUUCUCUCCAAAUGCAUAUCCCAGACUUCACCUUUGCUUCCUGCUCAAAGGUCUUGCAAUCAUGUUGUCUCCUGUAUCUCCUGUACCCCUGACUUCCCAGAAUACCCCAGUGCUCUGAACCGCUGUAAUCCAAUCUUCAUUGGCUGAUAUAUUGCCCCCAGGUUGAUCCCAGGUCAGAGGGCACCAUUACAUUUGAUGGCCCUUAGUCUGGGGGCUUAUAACAGUUCAGAGAGUUUUUGGGAUGAGAAAGAAGGAAACAAAGUCGUUGAUGUGUGUGUUGGGAUGGCAUCCAAAAAAGCGCCAAGAAGUUGAACCAGUAUCCAUAAAGAGCAAUGCCAUUCCCAAAUUCUAUAGAAAGUCUUUCCAUAAUAAAAUCGGUAGUCAGACUUUAUUCUUUCUAUAGAAGCUGUAAAAAGAAAAGAGUCGCACUCAAAGCUGGCCAUUGUUUUCAAAUUUGAGCAUGACCCAGGUGACCAAAGUGAUGAUAUAGUGCAAGUCUGUACAGUUUUAAAAACUGUACAAACUGGCCAUGUAAUGGUCUCGCAGCUGCUCCGUGGGUUCAGCAAACCACAGCCGUCGGAAACUGUAUAUUUUACGAGCUUGCGAGACAACUCCAGAGACAGGUUUCUCAAAGACUUCUUCUUUAAAGGGGUGUACCGUAACCGCAGUUCUCCUGCAAUCCUUCCUUGUUUUCUAACUCCAUUCGCUAAAGUGUGUCAGUGUGCCGUCCAAAGUCAUCUAACACAUGUAUCUGAUUUUCAUUCCUCCACCACUGUCCAAGACUUUACCUUGGUGUGGAAAUGAUCACUGGGAGGUUGGGUUACGCAUCUCAGAAGGAACAUGGAGUUUACAAGCAGAUCAAGUGUUAUAAAGUGAAGUGCAGCCUGACCCAUUUUGUUUCUAGAUGCGUUUUGCAUAUUUGAAGAAUUCAGCCCAAUAAAACUUGUUAUUUGAUCAACCUCACUUUGUUUUAAACCAAUACGACUUUAUUUAUUCUGUCAAACUAAUUUAGAAGAAAACAGAUGUUGUAUUUUCAACGCUAUCUCAUUGCAAUUUGUACGUAUUUUACGAGGUGGUUAAUUUGUAUUACUUGUACGACUGCUUUCGUAUAUUGAGUGCAAUUUCCCUUGACCCCUGUGACGUUGGUGUUAGGGUUGAGGUUUCGUUGUUCUUUUUAUAUUAAUCACGUUUUUGCAUAAUUAACUUAGUACACAUUCAUUCAAAUUAGCCAACUUGUGGUUACUGAAAUAAUUAAAGUUGUACAGAUGAAUUUUCUGGCUGAUCUUAUGGGAAUUCGUACAUAUUUUACGAGUUGGCUAAUUCAUACGAAGUGAAUUAUACUAAUGCCUACGAUUAUUAGAAAUUAAACGAUUAUAAAACCCCCUAACCCCAACGUUACAGAGACGAAAGCAAAUCAUACAAAUUAGCCACCUCAUGAAAUAUGUACGAAUUGCCAUAACAUUUUGUUGGAAUUUUUAUUUUGUAUUAAGCAAAAUUAAUAAAACAAAUUCAUCUUUUCUGCCCCAAACUUUUUCCCAAUGUUGGUGAUGACUAAAUGGUUUUUAAUAACUAUUUUUUUCUAAGCUUUAUUCAUUUUAUAAAUGUCAGUUUGAAGCAAUAAAAUGAUAUUGAAUGUACAGAAGAAAACUGAUUUUGAAAGCAGCGUGAGCUGCUAUUGGUCCUGUAAGACUCGAGCUAUAGGAAAUUUCACAAUCCGUAAUCUGCACUUAACCAGCACUUAUCUUAAAUAACUCUUGCUUCUUGUCUUUAUCCCUUUUGCUUUCCUCUAAUUAAAUGAAUGUUCAGUCAUCAAGUGCGUGUGUGUGUGUUUAUAAAUGUACAUGUGUUUUUGCACUGGCCAAAACUGAAUUACAGAGUAAGUUAACUUGCGGUUAUUUGUGAGAGCUGUGGGUGGAGAGAUGGACUGUCCGGUUUCUUUGUACAGACUGCAAAGUAUUUUGUUAUUUUAAUUUGAAUCAUUAAUCUCUAUAAAGGCCAAGUGCUUUGUAUCGUUUCAGUCGACACGUGCCAAAAAUCAUUCCAGUGUAUUUUUCUAGUUUACAAUGAAACGAACCGCUUCACAAAAGCAUGUAUGAAAUAUAAAGGGUAAAUAUUUUAAAACUUCAACUAUAUCUGGCAACGUAUAUAUUUUUAAUACGAGAUACUGUAAUCGGAUAGGUUUUAUUUAAAAAAUCAUGUGAUUUUUUGUUAAGUGGGCCUUUCGUUUUUCACUUUUUUUGCAGAUGUGUACCUUAUUGGGCUCCUGGAGAGUGGUUUUGGUAUAUUAAUUUCCAUUUUGUUUAAGUAUUAAAGUUUGCAGGAUCUUUUAAAUGCAUUAAUUCAUCAGCUUUUCAAAACAUUUGCCAGCUUUUUCAGUUCAUCUGAAAGUCAAUAGGUGAAUACGGGGCCAGGGGCUCUGUAUAGCACUGUUCCACUGAAUGGUCGCUCCUUAAUCGCACCUCAUCUUUUAUUAUCCACUCAGACUGUGUCUUGUUGUUUUCUACAUUCAUUCAUGGUUCUUUCACGUGCCGUAUUAAAUGCGCUGCCAAAGAAAGAUUUUCAGGCCUUAAACACACAAAUCUAAAAAAAAAGGAUCUAAUCUUUGCUUUCACUUAAUGUACAUAUAAAAAUACAGGUAUGAUAGAGAAAAAGAGGUGGGAGGUUUUUGGUAUAGCAGUGUUUGUGAUUGGCUGUUCCUCUCUGGGAUCCAAUCAGAUGCUGGUGUAUUUCCUGCAGCGAUGACAGAUGCUCAGUGUAUUUAGCCUGUCAGUCGGCAGUAGCACACGAUUUGUGUUUCAGUCUCACACCUUUGUACUGUAAUAUUUGUGCAUGUUUCAGCUUAACCAUGUUUCUGCAUUUUGCAUGAAGCUAGAAAUCUCUUCAGGCUGAACUGCAGACUGUAUGUAUUCCAGCUAAAAUAAUAAAGCAACUUGUUUGUAAAA